AUGUCCCUUCGGUCAGCAAUGCACGCGAGUGAUGUGGACGAUGUAGGACGGGCGCUACAAAGCACACAACGCUCCAUUGUACCUAUCAGUCGCCUGACAAAUGAAAUGAGCGAAGUGCGCGACAUGUCGGAGGGCUCGUUCGGUGUGGUGAAGUGUUACCGUCACGACUUCGACAAGCUCGAAUACGCCGUGAAGCAGACAAAACGCCCCAUCUGCGGCGAGUCGAACCUUCAGCAGCAGCUGCAAGAGAUUUAUGCGCUGAGCUCCUUUCCACACCGCCACAUCGUCCGGUACUUUGAUGGGUGGGUCGAGGACCGCACCGUAUUUGUGCGACUCGAAAAGCUUGAUGACUGCGUGGCAUCGCUGCCGCCUCCGGUGAGUGAGAGUGUGCUUACCGCGAUGCUCCAUCAGACAUCUACAGCUCUCUACGAGCUGCACUCCCACGACGUUGUACACAUGGAUGUGAAACCGGAGAACAUCUUGAGACGUCAGCUCGACGCUGACACGUUCAUCUUUAAGCUCUGCGAUUUUGGUCUGGCGCGUCCCCUCAACGGCAAGGACACGGUGACGGGGGAACACUUUCUCGGACUCAACGAUGACGAUGGUGAUCGGCGAUACAUGAGCCCUGAGCUCCUGAAAAACCUGCACGAUGUCGUUGGACCACCUGCUGACGUGUACGCCCUCGGAAAAAGCUGCGAGAUGAUGAUGACCGCCACGGAGGACCCUGCGAAUACCAGUGUCAGGCAUCUCGAGAGCUACUCACCAGGAUUCAUCGCGCUGAUUGAGUCGAUGCUGCGCGAAGAUCCUGCUAGCCGCCCCAGCGCCUUUCAGGUUGCACAAGCGACGUUGCCAGAGAGGCUCCUGAACGACAGACGACUGCUAGAGCUGCAGCGCCGAAUUGACGCCAUUCGCUGCGAAAUUUCUGAACUGGAUGCAUCUGAAAAUGACGUCGUUUCAUCUCCGCACAGUUGA